AUGGCCAACAUUCACACCCCCAUCCCAAAUCUCAAGCUCAAUGAUGGCAACUCGAUCCCUAUGCUGGGAUACGGCACCGGUACUGCGUGGUACAAGACUGGAGAUGAAAGCCAGCUCGAUCAGGCCUGUGUGGAUGCAACCAAGCUCGCCAUCGGACUAGGCUACUACCACCUCGACGGCGCCGAAGUCUACAAGACCGAACCCGAACUCGGCAUGGCCAUCAAAGACAGCGGAGUCGAGAGAUCCAAGCUCUUUGUCACCACAAAAGUCUUGCCCAGUAUCGCCGAUAUCCCUGCUGCCCUCAAGACCAGCUUGAAGAAGUUGCAAUUGGAGUAUGUGGAUUUGUACCUCAUUCAUGCACCUUUCUUUGGAAGCCCUGAGGAGUCUCCAGAGGCGUUGCAGCAGGCUUGGAAGGCUAUGGAGGAUAUGAAGGAGGCUGGAUUGACUCGCUCAAUCGGUGUCUCGAACUUUCUGCCUCAACACCUCGAAGCCAUCAUCAAGACAGCCAGAAUCCCUCCUGCCAUCAACCAGAUCGAAUUCCACGCUUACCUUCAACACCGCGAUCUCCUCACCUACCACAAGGAGAAGGGAAUCGCAACUCAAGCCUACGGACCCUUGACUCCCGCCACAAAGGCUGCUCCCGGACCUCUGGAUAAUGUACUUGCUGGUCUGUCCAAGAAAUACGCUGUUAGUGCUGGAGAGAUUUGCUUGAGAUAUUGUAUUGAUCAGGAUAUUGUUGCCAUCACGACUAGCAGCAAGGAACAGAGAUUGAGUGAUUAUUUGAGGGCAAUGACUUUUAAGCUUACGCCUAGGGAGGUCAAUGAUCUCAAUGAGGCUGGCUCACAGAAGCACUUUAGAGGGUUCUGGAACCACAAGUUUGCGGCUGAUGACAGAAGAUAG